UCAUUUGUUAGACUUAGAAGGGAUCCAACUUGGUUGAAAGUGAGCAAUGUCGUUCGCAGUGGCAUUGUGUACAACGUCGUCGUUCUUCCCUUCCCGUUUUGAAAUUCGCAAUCCAAAGCAGCUUCAGCUUCCACCUCUCCUUUCAAUGUCACUGUCGUCGAAGCUACCGUUGCAUUUCUCCGGCAAUGCCAUAUUCAACCGCAACCACCCAACCAUGUUCAAAAUUCGAGCCUCAAACUCUUCAUCCAAACUCGUCUUAUUGAGCUCCACUAUCGUCGUCACAACAGCGGUAGCGAAUCGCGUGCUCUACAAAUUGGCCCUUGUUCCCAUGAAAGAGUACCCCUUUUUUCUCGCCCAGUUCAUAACUUUUGGGUAUGUUGUUAUAUAUUUCUCGAUCUUGUAUUUCCGGUACCGGGCGAGAAUUGUGACCGAUGAGAUGCUGGCAAUUCCGAAAUUGCGUUUUGUGGCCAUUGGGUUUCUAGAAGCCUUGGGCUUGGUUUCCGGAAUGUCAGCUGCAGCCGUACUUCCUGGACCAGUCAUACCCAUAUUGAAUCAGACUUUUUUGGUUUGGCAGCUAAUGUUUUCUACUCUUCUCUUGAGAAGAAGAUACUCAAUCAAUCAAUUGGUUGGGUGCUUACUUGUAGCUGUUGGUGUUGUGGUGGCUAUUACAAGUGGCUCAAAUACAGGUCAGAUGCUCUCUGAAGUUCAGUUCUUUUGGCCAGCUUUGAUGAUAAUCUCAUGUUCCUUUCAAGCUUUGGCUUCUGUAAUCAAGGAGUAUAUUUUCAUUGAUUCUGCUACUCGAUUAAAGCACAAGUCACUGGACAUAUUUGUGGUCAAUUCUUUCGGAUCUGGGUUUCAGGCUCUUUUCGUACUUCUGUCUCUACCUAUACUUUCUAACUUGAGAGGUAUACCAUUUGAUCAACUUCCUUCAUAUUUUAAAAGCGGUGCUGGUUGCUUUCUAAACCUUGGAGCCGAUAAUCCAAAUUGUUAUGGCGCUCCCUUGCUUCCACUACUUUACGUAAUUAUCAACUUGGCAUUCAACAUAUCCCUGCUUAAUGCAGUAAAAACUUCGUCUGCAGUUGUGGCUUCUCUUCUGGUAAUGUUGUCAGUGCCAAUUUCUGUUUAUAUUCUUUCCCUUCCAUUACCAUAUCUUCCCGAGGGAACAAGCCUGAGCCCAUUUUUUUUGUUUGGCGGUGCAAUUCUUCUCUGUGGUCUUUUUCUGUACAACACAACGCGGCCUGUAAGGAACAGUUCUGAAGAUGACUGAAACAGUUGCAGUUCAUGAAACCAAUGCUGAGGAGAAACUAUCGGCUAGGAACCUGCCAAAAAAGAAUGUCAACCUUGAGGCAUUCUUGACCGCGGUGAAAUAUAUUUUCUCCGAUCACCUCCAAAUUAUACACAUUCACUAUCAUCGUGAUUAUUUUUUUGAGCAGAAAAUUUGUUCAGUUUUCACGUUUAAGGGUCGCUUAGCUGCUUUAUGAUGGUUGACUUCGUCAUUCUGCCACUGGAUCAUUGUAACUCAAGAUUGUGCAUAUAUCUCUGAUGACUUGUUCAAGUAUAUUUUCAUGUACAUUAAUAAAAGCAGACAAAUGUAAUUGGCAGAAUUGCAAGUGCAGAAUUUUUAAGUUGGGUGAUCAUAUCUUUUGGCUAUUUUACUAAAUGGAUUACAAGAGUUUGGGGAUGA